GAAUACAGAAGGUAACAUGGUUUGGAGGGUAAAUACAGAAGGUAACAUGGUUUGGAGGGUGAAUACAGAAGGUAACAUGGUUUGGAAGGUGAAUACAGAAGGUAACAUGGUUUGGAGGGUAAAUACAGAAGCUAACAUGGUUUCGAGGGUGAAUACAGAAGGUAACAUGGUUUGGAGGGUGAAUACAGAAGGUAGCAUGGAUUGGAGGGUGUAGCAUGGAUUGGAGGGUGUAGCAUGGAUUGGAGGGUGAAUACAGAAGGUAGCGUGUAUUGGAGGGUAAAUACAGAAGGUAGCGUGUAUUCGAAUGUGAAUACAGAAGAUAGCAUGGAUUGGAGCGUAAAUACAGAAGGUAGCAUGGAUUGGAGGGUGAAUACAGAAGGUAGCAUGGAUUUGAGCGUGAAGACAGAAGGUAGCAUGGAUUGGAGGAUGAAUACAGAAGGUAGCAUCUAUUGGAGGGUGAAUACAGAAGGUAGCAUGGAUUGGAGGGUGAAUGCAGAAGGUAGCAUGGAUUGGAGGGUGAAUACAGAAGGUAGCAUGGAUUGGAGGGUGAAUACAGAAGGUAGCGUCUAUUGGAGGGUGAAUACAGAAGGUAGCAUGGAUUGGAGGGUGAAUGCAGAAGGUAGCAUGGAUUGGAGGAUGAAUACAGAAGGUAGUGUCUAUUGGAGGGUGAAUACAGAAGGUAGCAUGGAUUGAAGGAUGAAAACAGAAGGUAGCAUGGAUUGGAGGGUGAAUUUAGAAGAUAGCGUAGAUUGGAGGGUGAAUACAGAAGAUAGCAUCGAUUGGAGGGUGAAUACAGAAGGUAGCAUGGAUUGGAGGUUGAAUACAGAAGGUAGCAUGGAUUGGAGGGUGAAUACAGAAGGUAGCAUGGAUUGGAGCGUAAAUACAGAAGGUAGCAUGGAUUGGAGGGCGAAUACAGAAGGUAGCAUGGAUUGGAGCGUGAAGACAGAAUGUAGCAUGGAUUGGAGGAAGAAUACAGAAGGUAGCAUGGAUUUGAAGGUGGAUUUAGAAGAUAGCGUAGAUUGGAGGGUGAAUACAGAACAUAGCAUGGAUUGGAGCGUAAAUACAGAAGGUAGCAUGGAUUGGAGGGUGAAUACAGAAGGUAGCAUGGAUUGGAGGGUGAAUACAGAAGGUAGCGUCUAUUGGAGGGUGAAUACAGAAGGUAGCAUGGAUUGGAGGAUGAAUACAGAAGGUAGCGUCUAUUGGAGGGUGAAUAUAGAAGGUAGCAUGGAUUGGAGGGUGAAUGCAGAAGGUAGCAUGGAUUGGAGGGUGAAUACAGAAGGUAGCAUGGAUUGGAGGGUGAAUACAGAAGGUAGCGUCUAUUGGAGGGUAAAUACAGAAGGUAGCAUGGAUUGGAGGGUGUAGCAUGUAUUAGAGGGUGAAUACAGAAGGUAGCAUGGAUUGGAGGGUGUAGCAUGUAUUGGAGGGUGAAUACAGAAGGUAGCAUGGAUUGGAGGGUGUAGCAUGUAUUGGAGGGUGAAUACAGAAGGUAGCAUGGAUUGGAGGGUAUAUACAGAAGGUAGCAUGGUUUGGAGGGUGAAUACAGAAGGUAACAUGGUUUGGAGGGUAAAUACGAAGGUAGCAUGGUUUGGAGGGUGAAUACAGAAGGUAACAUGGUUUGGAGGGUGAAUACAGAAGGUAACAUGGUUUGGAAGGUGAAUACAGAAGGUAACAUGGUUUGGAGGGUAAAUACAGAAGGUAACAUGGUUUGGAGGGUGAAUACAGAAGGUAACAUGGUUUGGAAGGUGAAUACAGAAGGUAACAUGGUUUGGAGGGUAAAUACAGAAGCUAACAUGGUUUCGAGGGUGAAUACAGAAGGUAACAUGGUUUGGAGGGUGAAUACAGAAGGUAGCAUGGAUUGGAGGGUGUAGCAUGGAUUGGAGGGUGUAGCAUGGAUUGGAGGGUGAAUACAGAAGGUAGCGUGUAUUGGAGGGUAAAUACAGAAGGUAGCGUGUAUUCGAAUGUGAAUACAGAAGAUAGCAUGGAUUGGAGCGUAAAUACAGAAGGUAGCAUGGAUUGGAGGGUGAAUACAGAAGGUAGCAUGGAUUUGAGCGUGAAGACAGAAGGUAGCAUGGAUUGGAGGAUGAAUACAGAAGGUAGCAUCUAUUGGAGGGUGAAUACAGAAGGUAGCAUGGAUUGGAGGGUGAAUGCAGAAGGUAGCAUGGAUUGGAGGGUGAAUACAGAAGGUAGCAUGGAUUGGAGGGUGAAUACAGAAGGUAGCGUCUAUUGGAGGGUGAAUACAGAAGGUAGCAUGGAUUGGAGGGUGAAUGCAGAAGGUAGCAUGGAUUGGAGGAUGAAUACAGAAGGUAGUGUCUAUUGGAGGGUGAAUACAGAAGGUAGCAUGGAUUGAAGGAUGAAAACAGAAGGUAGCAUGGAUUGGAGGGUGAAUUUAGAAGAUAGCGUAGAUUGGAGGGUGAAUACAGAAGAUAGCAUCGAUUGGAGGGUGAAUACAGAAGGUAGCAUGGAUUGGAGGUUGAAUACAGAAGGUAGCAUGGAUUGGAGGGUGAAUACAGAAGGUAGCAUGGAUUGGAGCGUAAAUACAGAAGGUAGCAUGGAUUGGAGGGCGAAUACAGAAGGUAGCAUGGAUUGGAGCGUGAAGACAGAAUGUAGCAUGGAUUGGAGGAAGAAUACAGAAGGUAGCAUGGAUUUGAAGGUGGAUUUAGAAGAUAGCGUAGAUUGGAGGGUGAAUACAGAACAUAGCAUGGAUUGGAGCGUAAAUACAGAAGGUAGCAUGGAUUGGAGGGUGAAUACAGAAGGUAGCAUGGAUUGGAGGGUGAAUACAGAAGGUAGCGUCUAUUGGAGGGUGAAUACAGAAGGUAGCAUGGAUUGGAGGAUGAAUACAGAAGGUAGCGUCUAUUGGAGGGUGAAUAUAGAAGGUAGCAUGGAUUGGAGGGUGAAUGCAGAAGGUAGCAUGGAUUGGAGGGUGAAUACAGAAGGUAGCAUGGAUUGGAGGGUGAAUACAGAAGGUAGCGUCUAUUGGAGGGUAAAUACAGAAGGUAGCAUGGAUUGGAGGGUGUAGCAUGUAUUAGAGGGUGAAUACAGAAGGUAGCAUGGAUUGGAGGGUGUAGCAUGUAUUGGAGGGUGAAUACAGAAGGUAGCAUGGAUUGGAGGGUGUAGCAUGUAUUGGAGGGUGAAUACAGAAGGUAGCAUGGAUUGGAGGGUAUAUACAGAAGGUAGCAUGGUUUGGAGGGUGAAUACAGAAGGUAACAUGGUUUGGAGGGUAAAUACGAAGGUAGCAUGGUUUGGAGGGUGAAUACAGAAGGUAACAUGGUUUGGAGGGUGAAUACAGAAGGUAACAUGGUUUGGAAGGUGAAUACAGAAGGUAACAUGGUUUGGAGGGUAAAUACAGAAGGUAACAUGGUUUGGAGGGUGAAUACAGAAGGUAACAUGGUUUGGAAGGUGAAUACAGAAGGUAACAUGGUUUGGAGGGUAAAUACAGAAGCUAACAUGGUUUCGAGGGUGAAUACAGAAGGUAACAUGGUUUGGAGGGUGAAUACAGAAGGUAGCAUGGAUUGGAGGUUGAAUACAGAAGGUAGCAUGGAUUGGAGGGUGAAUACAGAAGGUAGCAUGGAUUGGAGCGUAAAUACAGAAGGUAGCAUGGAUUGGAGGGCGAAUACAGAAGGUAGCAUGGAUUGGAGCGUGAAGACAGAAUGUAGCAUGGAUUGGAGGAAGAAUACAGAAGGUAGCAUGGAUUUGAAGGUGGAUUUAGAAGAUAGCGUAGAUUGGAGGGUGAAUACAGAACAUAGCAUGGAUUGGAGCGUAAAUACAGAAGGUAGCAUGGAUUGGAGGGUGAAUACAGAAGGUAGCAUGGAUUGGAGGGUGAAUACAGAAGGUAGCGUCUAUUGGAGGGUGAAUACAGAAGGUAGCAUGGAUUGGAGGGUGAAUGCAGAAGGUAGCAUGGAUUGGAGGAUGAAUACAGAAGGUAGCGUCUAUUGGAGGGUGAAUAUAGAAGGUAGCAUGGAUUGGAGGGUGAAUGCAGAAGGUAGCAUGGAUUGGAGGGUGAAUACAGAAGGUAGCAUGGAUUGGAGGGUGAAUACAGAAGGUAGCGUCUAUUGGAGGGUGAAUACAGAAGGUAGCAUGGAUUGGAGGGUGAAUACAGAAGGUAGCAUGGAUUGGAGGGUGAAUACAGAAGAUAGCGUAGAUUGGAGGGUGAAUACAGAACAUAGCAUGGAUUGGAGCGUAAAUACAGAAGGUAGCAUGGAUUGGAGGGUGAAUACAGAAGAUAGCGUAGAUUGGAGGGUGAAUACAGAACAUAGCAUGGAUUGGAGCGUAAAUACAGAAGGUAGCAUGGAUUGGAGGGUGAAUACAGAAGGUAGCAUGGUUUGGAGGGUGAAUACAGAAGAUAGCAUGGAUUGGAGGGUGAAUACAGAAGGUAGCAUGGAUUGGAGGUUGAAUACAGAAGGUAGCAUGGAUUGGAGGGUGAAUGCAGAAGGUAGCAUUGAUUGGAGCGUGAAGACAGAAGGUAGCAUGGAUUGGAGGAUGAAUACAGAAGGAAAGCCAAAUAAGGUUUUAGUAAAUCCUCCCUUUGUAAACUACCUCUGUAUAACAGGUAAUAGAAAGAAUAGACAGGUAUAUUUUCAUUCUCAAAGAAAAAUAAAAAUCUCUGCGCCUGUGAAAGGACGAAUCUUGUGUGUUGAACUCAGCAAAUAUCCUUUCACAAGAGAGUCACAAUAGAAUGUUAAUGCUAGAGCAUUGAAUGAAUACUCUCAACUCCACAGGAUUGGGGUCAGCAGUCAAAAGAAAUUCACUUCCUCAUUGUCCAACCUAUCAGUUUUCUGUUAUCAAGCCCAUAGUUGCCUGCAUUUCUUUGCAGGCUCUGUUGUUUAGAAUGUCAACUGUAGGUGACCUGUGUUAAAUAACUGACAACCUUUUUUACAUAGGCAAGAAAGAAAAUUUUAACUGUUAGAUCAUGUGCCUUUAUGAAUUUGUCCCAUUUAAUAUUAGACCAACAUGUUUUCAUAACUUAGAGCAUUUACCUUUUUUGUAGAAAUUUGUAGCUGAAGAGAAAUAAAAAAAUAUAGGCAUUAAACAUGCUAAAGCUGCAGUUAACAAAUUAAUUGUUAUCUUUCAGAAACAGUACAGUCAAUAACCAAAUAUAGUUACAAAUAGUAUUCCUUCUGAUGCCUGUUUUUACAUGAAGCCUUGAUACUGCUUGCAGACUUACACUUGACCCUAACAGUAAAGAGCUCUUAAGUUGGGUCAGAGGAAACAAAGAAAAGCAAGUUAAUUUUGGAAAUUUCCCCAUUUUCUCCGUAAUCCAAGUUCUAUGAACUUGCCAAAAUAUCAGUACAAAAGUGGCAACUUUCAUGAUUGCUAAAAUAAAACACUGAAAUCUGGAAUACAGUCCAUAUUAUGCUCUUCAACAUGUCCAAGGACAAAAACUGAAUAAAUUUUGGAACGUUUAUUUGAUUAAUGUGUUAAAAAUGGGUUUUUGUACUGGUCUUUCCUGGUUGUAAUUUUCUAUAUUUAGUCACAAGUAAUGUCCUGGGGAAUUCCCCUCUACCGGUUUAUUGGAGUUAUCUCCCUUCACCUGUUGGGCUAUCAGGAAGAAAUGAGAGAUUCUGUCCCAUGAACUGCAUUGAAUAUUUAUG